CGGGGCCAGAGGAGGGUGAUGCUGUGCUCCAUUGCCUUGCAGGGAUGCCCGGCUGGGAGGUAGGCGACUGAAUGGCAGGCAUGGAAGGGAGAGGACCCUAUCGCAUCUAUGACCCCGGCGGGGGGACGGAGGAGAAUGGAUCCACAGCCUUUGAGCGGCUGGUGGAGGAGAACAUCCGGCUGAAGGAGAAGAUGCAGGGGAUCAAGUCUAUCGGAGAGCUGCUGGAGGAGUCCCAGGUGGAGGCAUCCAAGCUGCGGCAGAAGGCGGAGGACCUUGUGAAGGACAACAAAAUGCUGAUGGCAUCAUCUUCCUUGGAGGACCUGGUGGAAACUGGAGCCGUCGGCCCUGAUCCCAACUCCACACGGGCUGCCCCGGGCAGCACCCAGCCAGACGCGGAAGCACGGAAAUCUCCUCCAAGUGGAUCCUCCUCGGAGUUCGAGAUUGUCGCCGUCGAAGCACAGGGGUUUCCCCAGGAGAGCGGGAGAGCGGACUUGGAGCAGCCACCAAACGAGGAUGCCAACCUGUUACCCCAGCUGCAGCAGCUGGAGAGCACGCUGAGCGGCUGCACCAAGGAGGCCAGCAAGGACCAGGUCUUUGUGCGCAUGGGCUACAUGGCCUCCGAGCUCAAGCGCCUGGCCUCCAAGGUGCACAAGAAUGAGCAGAGAACAUCAUUCCUGCAGACACUGUGUGAGACGCUGCACAGUGAGAACAAGGAGCUGCGAACCAAGCUGGAGCGGGACCUGGAGCAGAGAAACCAGGCGCUGGAGAAGCUCAGAUGUGAGAACCAGGAGCUCCGGAGGAUGGUGACGUUGAGCAGCCAGGACAGUGGGAAGAGGGAAGCUGCCGAGCAGCAGCAGCAGAGUGGGGCCGCGGUGGAGAAGGCACCGGGCAGAGGAGAGCUGGAAGCCAAGGAGAAGAAGGUGAAGAUCCUGGAGCACCAGCGCAGGGAGUUGCUGGAGGUGAAUAAGCAAUGGGAUCAGCACUUCCGAGCCACGAAGCAGAAGUAUGAGCAGAAGGUCACAGACUUGCACCAGGAGCUGGCCGAGGCCCGCAGGGCGCUGACCGAGAUGGAGUCAGAGCGGGAGCAAAAGCAACGGGAUUUCGACCGCAAGCUGCUCCUGGCCAAGUCCCGGAUUGAAACAGAGGAGGCAGAGAAGGAGAGGCUGUCCAGGGAGGUGAGGGACCUGCAGCAGAGGAUGCGGUUCCUGCAGGAGCAGCUGGCUCCAGUCACCAGGCAGCGGGAGUACCAGGAGAAGGAGAUCCAGAGGCUGAACAAGGCACUAGAGGAGGCUCUGAACGUCCAGGCCUCCCCGCCACCCAUCUUUGCCAGCACCAUGGAGCCAGCGGGGAAGGUGCCACAGCAGGAGCUGGUGACCCAGAACGAGCUCCUCAAGCAGCAGGUGAAAAUUUUCGAGGAGGACUUCCAGCGGGAGCGGAGUGACAGGGAGAGGAUGAAUGAGGAGAAGGAAGAGCUCAAGCAGCAGCUGGAGAAGCUGCAGAAGCAGCUGGUCCUUUCCAACAACCAGCUGCGAGCCUGCAAGGAGGACUGCCAGCGGGAGAAGGAAAAGGUGAAGAAGCUGCUGAAACAGCACAAACAGGCUUCCGGAGAGAGGCUGCACCCUGAGCCGCGGCCGGGGCCGCGGGGCGGUGCCUGCCCCCUGUACCAGUACCAGUACAGUUCCCCUGUGGCUUCCCCCCUGUACCACGGCUUCGACGAGUGGCAGCAGCUCCCAUACUCGCCAGCAAUUCCAGGCGAGCACACGCCAGGACAAAAUUUCCACCAUUUUCCCACGCCCGAGUACCGCUGGCACCCGCCCUGCGCCAUGGCUCGCAGCCAGAAUGCUCAGGCAGUGGCCGGGGUGAAACCGGUCCCCAAGGACUUGGAACAGGCAGGUCCUGGAUUGCCCUAACGCCAAGGACCAGCUGCACCGCGAUACCAGUGGAAGAGGAGUAGGGUGUGUGUGUGUGCCCGUGUGUAUGUAUCUAGGAGCUUCCUUCGGCUGCCUAUCCCCAUGCGCGGAGAUGUGGUGGACAUG